AUGGCUCCUCCUCCGGCGACAGCGCACAUGGCGACAACGACGCUCAAAGUCGAGGGCAUGACAUGCGGCGCGUGUACCUCCGCGAUUGAAUCGGGCUUCCAGGGCGUGAAGGGAAUAGGAAAUGUGUCAAUAAGCUUGGUGAUGGAGCGGGCUGUCAUCCAGCAUGACCCCGAGGUCAUCACUGCGGAAGAGGUUAGGGAGAUUAUCGACGACAGGGGGUUUGACGCAGAAGUGCUCUCGUCGGAUUUACCAAUGUCGCACAGCGCAGAUGACCACUUUCUGAGCGAUUCUGAAGAUGAAGAGGAGGAGACGAUCGGAAACACCUCGACCACAACGCUUUCCGUUGGAGGAAUGACAUGCGGAGCGUGUACAUCCGCCGUGGAAGGCGCUUUCAAGGACGUGGCUGGGAUCAAGUCCUUCAGCAUAUCACUUCUCUCUGAGCGCGCAGUCAUCGAACACGACCCUACGAUCAUAUCUCCGGAAAAGCUCGCUGAAACUAUAGAAGACGUUGGCUUUGACGCGCAGGUGCUGGAUACCGUGGCCGCGACACCAGCGGCAAAGAAGAGCAGGAGCCGCAAGCAGCAGAAGACAAUGACCACGACGGUUGCUGUUGAAGGCAUGACCUGUGGCGCAUGCACAUCAGCCAUCGAGAGCGGGUUCAAGGACGUUGAGGGUGUAUACCAGUUCAACAUCAGUCUACUCGCCAACCGUGCCGUAAUCGUGCACGACCCUUACAAGCUCACCGAGGAACAGAUAGCAGAGAUUAUUGAGGACCGCGGCUUUGACGCCCAGGUUCUGUCAUCCGUCGAUGGUAGCAUACAGCAGUCGUCAACAUCGAACGCCCCAGUACAACUCAAGAUCUAUGGACUGCCCAACGCUAGCGCUGCUCAAGAGCUAGAAGGAUUACUACGAAAACGAUCCGGAAUUACCUCAGCGACAGUCAACUUCAACUCUUCAAGAGCCACCAUUCAACGAGAGCCUCAAAUCGUCGGUCUUCGAGCGAUCGUUGAGGCUGUAGAGGCAGCUGGAUACAACGCAUUAGUCGCUGAUUCUGAAGACAACGAUGCCCAACUGGAGUCCCUCGCAAAGACCAAAGAAAUCCAGGAGUGGAGAAGAGCUGUCAUCUUCUCAGCCUGGUUCGCAGUUCCUGUGUUUUUGAUAAGCAUGUUCAUCCCCAUGUUCCUGCCAUUCCUCAACUUUGGCGGUAUUCGUCUGAUACCUGGCCUCUAUCUCGGCGACGUCAUCUGCUUGGUCCUCACUAUACCUGUCCAGUUCGGUAUCGGAAAACGCUUCUAUAUAUCUGCGUACAAGUCUUUGAGUCACGGUUCUCCCACGAUGGACGUUCUGGUAGUACUGGGUACUUCAGCUGCCUUCUUUUUCAGCGUCUUCUCCAUGUUGGUCUCACUCUUGGUCUCCCCACACACCAAGCCAACGACACUGUUCGAAACCAGCACCAUGUUGUUCACUUUCAUCAGCUUAGGCCGCUAUCUUGAAAACAGUGCCAAGGGUCAAACGUCCAAGGCCCUUUCCAACCUCAUGUCGCUAGCUCCGUCCAUGACCACCAUUUACGCGGAUCCCAUCGCUGCGGCUAAAGCUGCUGAAGGUUGGGAUGUUGCUGAAGAGAAGUCGGAACGCACCUCGACUGAUGGCAAUGCUGCUGAAGAAAGGGUCAUUCCUACCGAGCUCAUCGAGGUUGGCGACGUCGUCAUUCUUCGUCCGGGUGACAAGCUUCCGGCUGAUGGCACAGUCACACGUGGAGAGUCGUACCUGAACGAGAGUAUGGUCACUGGUGAAGCUAUGCCAAUCCUCAAGAAGAAGGGCGCACCGGUCAUGGCUGGUACUGUCAACGGGAACGGACGUCUGGAGUUCAUGGUGACCCGAGCCGGCCGUGACACUCAGCUCAGUCAAAUUGUUCGCCUUGUCCAAGAAGCGCAAACGAGUCGUGCUCCCAUUCAACGCCUUGCCGACAUUGCCGCUGGCUACUUUGUCCCUAUCAUCAUCACUCUCGGCCUUGCAACUUUUGUAGGAUGGAUGGUUCUCAGCCAUGUCCUACCUUACCCACCCAAAGUAUUCCUUGAUCACGCUAGUGGCGGCAAGUUCAUGGUCUGCUUCAAGCUUUGUAUCGCUGUCAUCGUCUUUGCUUGCCCAUGCGCGCUCGGUCUUGCGACACCCACUGCUGUUAUGGUCGGUACUGGUGUUGGGGCUGAGAAUGGCAUUCUCGUCAAAGGUGGUGCUGCUCUCGAGACUGCCACAAAGAUCAACCAUGUUGUUUUCGACAAGACUGGCACGCUCACUGUUGGCAAGAUGAGUGUAUCUCAGGCGGACAUUCAGGGAGGCUGGGGUACUGCUGAUAAGAAGAACCUCUGGUGGACACUCAUUGGACUUGCGGAAAUGGGCUCAGAGCAUCCUAUUGCCAAGGCUAUCGUUCUCUCUGCCAAAGAGCAUCUUCGUCUCGGACCCGAUGGUAGUCUAGAUGGCUCAGUCGGAGACUUUGAAGCUGUCACCGGUAAAGGUAUCAUCGCAACGGUCGAAGCAGCCCUCUCCCGCGAGCGCACACGCUACAAGGUCCUCAUCGGUAACACGGCUUUCCUCACAUCCGAAGGUGUCAACGUUCCCGACUUCGUAGAAGAGCCGCUCACACCUGCGGCAAACUCCAGACCUCGAGGUGGACCCCAGAACCGAUCCGCUGGUAUCACCACGAUUCAUACCGCCAUCGGCAACACCUACACUGGUACUUUGAGCAUGUCCGACACCAUCAAACCCUCAGCCCGCGCUGCAAUUCUUGCCCUUUCUCGUCUGGGCAUAACAUCUUCGAUUGUUACUGGUGAUACCUCUGCUUCUGCCCUUGUCGUUGCAGCAGCAGUUGGUAUCGAUCCCGCAGAUGUCCACGCUUCGUCUACCCCGGCCGACAAGAAAGCUAUCAUCGAAGACCUCCAGUCUCGUGGCCAAGUCAUCGGUAUGGUCGGUGACGGCAUCAACGACUCCCCUGCGCUCGCCUCUGCCGACAUUGGUAUUGCUCUCUCUACUGGUACAGACGUCGCCAUGGAGGCUGCCUCUAUCGUCCUCAUGACCAACACCGAUCUCCUCUCCAUCCCGGCCUCCCUUGUCCUCAGCCGUGCCAUCUUCUUCCGCAUCAAGCUGAACCUGGCAUGGGCGUGUAUGUACAACUUCAUUGGUCUUCCUUUCGCAAUGGGCUUCUUCCUACCCUGGGGUCUCUCACUGCAUCCCAUGGCUGCUGGUGCCGCCAUGGCAUGCUCAUCCGUCAGCGUUGUUAUGAGCUCUCUGCAUCUCAAGUUCUGGCACAGACCUAGCUGGAUGAAGGUCAGCGUCCUUGAUCCUGGUGCGCCGAUCGAUGAGAAGGAAGCGGAGAUGGAGAAGCUGGGCCAGAAGGGAGUCUUUUCGACUCUCAAGGAUUGGCACCGAAUUCCACAUCCUACAUCCGCCCGCAGACACACAAACGAGGCCGGCCGCCGUUCACCAUGGGCAGGAAUCGAGCCGUGUCGAAUGCUUCGACGCGGAGCAGCGAGCCACCGUUACAAGAUUGUGCUGAGCAAGGAACAGGAGCUGGGGAGCAUGUAUGAUUAUUUGGCUAAGGUGGUACUGUUGGGACCCAGCGGCGCUGGCAAAUCCUGCCUCCUCCAUCGCUUCGUAAAAUCAGAAUGGCGCGUCCUCUCCAGCCAAACAAUCGGCGUAGAAUUCUCCUCCAAAAUCGUCCACAUCGCCGACCGGCGCCAACGUUCCCCCUCGUCCUCCUCCUCGCGCAAACGCAUAAAACUCCAAUUAUGGGACACAGCAGGCACAGAACGCUUCCGCUCAGUCUCACGGUCCUACUACCGCGGCGCGGCCGGCGCAAUCCUCGUAUACGACGUGAGUAGCUGGCGCAGCUUUGAGCAAUUGAAGACCUUUCUCGAUGAUGCGAGAGCGUUGGCGGGGCCGGAUAUCACGAUUAUCUUAGCGGGGAAUAAGGCGGAUGUGGAGGAUGGGAGUGUGCCUGUGGGGGUAGGUGGUGGUGGAGGAGGGGGAGGGGGGUAUGGCAGUUAUGCCAGUACACCGAGUUCAGAGUCUGGAUUACCACCGCCGACGCCGAGCUCACAGUCAAGUCGGACGCCUAGCCUAAACGCCAAUCUGCACGCGAGCUACACCGUCGCGCCUGACGGCCGCGAAGUCCCCGCCGAAACAGCGAGUAGGUGGGCGGGCCAGAAUGGUAUUCCCGUUGCGGUGGAGGUAUCUGCACUCAAUGGAGAGAACGUGGAGGAAUUGUUUACGAGGCUGGCCCGCAUGAUUCUUACGAAGAUCGAGUUGGGCGAAAUCGAUCCUGAUGAUCCGGCUAGUGGGAUUCAGUAUGGCGAUUUGGGCUGGGAUGAUGGGGGCGGGAGUGUUAGGAGUGGGUUUGGAGAUGAGGGGGUUAGGUUGAGGCGGAGAGGGGGAAAGAAGGCUGGGGCGUUGGGGGAAUGGGAGGAUGUGUUUAGGUUGGGUGGGGGUGGGGGGAGGAGGAGAGGGGGGUGUUGUUGA